GUCAAGUCAAUGUCACUUUAAAAACUGUGGAGACCGUCUUUCCCACUCCCACCAGAUCAAUUAAUCCUUCUCAACCAUCGCACUCUCAGCAAUGUCUCCCUCCCGUGGGCGAAAUAUCCCUCUACUUGUGGCCCCUUUACUGCUUUUCCUACUGUUAAACUAUUUCUUUUGGUUUAGGAAAGACACACACGGUGCAGAGCAGGAAUUUAUCCAAUCACAGAAUCAUACCAACGUUGACCCAGUCGCAUCAAAUCCAUCCGACUGCCCUGACCUACCAGGGAUACACGACGUUCUCGUGGUCCUAAAAACUGGAGCUACCGAAGCAUUGGAGAAAGUGCCAGUCCACUUUAAUACUACCCUGAAAUGUAUUCCGAAUUUUGUCCUUUUCUCCGACUUCGAAGAGGAAAUAGCUGGUAUCCAAGUACACGACGUCCUGCGCAGCGUCGAUGAGAAUAUUAAACAGACCAACGCCGAGUUCGACCUUUACAACCGACUACGUGAGUCCGGGCGCGCCGGGCUAACAGCGGAAGACAUCAACGACGAUCCAAGCACGCCAUCGGGCAAACCUGAUAAUCGGGGAUGGCUCCUAGACAAGUGGAAAUUCUUGCCUAUGAUCAAUGAAACGCUCAACAUUCGGGCCGACGCAAAGUGGUACGUGUUCAUCGAGGCAGACACGUACGUGGUAUGGCCAAACCUUCUGGCUUGGCUGGAAAAGUUUGAUCCCAGCCAGCCAUACUAUAUGGGAUCCGGGGUACAGAUCUUGGACAUCGUCUUUGGUCAUGGAGGAUCAGGACUCGUCUUAUCCCAGGCGGCUAUGCAUAAAGUUUCCGAUCACCAUGCGUCUAGAGUUAAGGAAUAUGACGACUUUACCGCUGGACACUGGGCGGGCGAUUGUGUCCUGGGAAAGGCGCUGAAGGACGCUGGAGUCGGUCUUUUCUUCGCGAAUCCAAUGCUGCAAGGGGACACACCCUGGACAUUCUCCCACUAUGGACCCAAUACUGACCAUCAUUGGUGUACCCCGGUGGUAACCUACCAUCAUAUGACUCCGGAUGAUAUUCGAGAAACGUGGGAGUUUGAGCAGAGUUGGUGGGCGAAUACCCUUCUGCAUGCUCAUGUAUUCGAAGAGUUCGUCCGCCCACAAAUCCAGGAAAUGAGGGAGGACUGGGACAAUGCUUCCUCCGAUGAGAGCAUCGAAGCUACUGGCAGUCGGGAGGAUUGUCAAGCGCAAUGUCAGAAGGAUCACCAAUGUCAUCAAUACUCCUACGAGCCCGGAAAGUGCUUGACCUCCAAGGUAGCCAGGCGAGGGAGUAGCAAAGCUGGCAUGGGCUCUGGCUGGAUGGCUGAAAGGAUUAACAAAACAAUGGACAGCCUGGGUUCUUGCCGAAAGCUCAAGUGGAUCAUUCCAAAAUCAUGACGAUAGAGGUCGGCCUUCGAUUGUUUUCUUAUUCCUCUAUUCACGGCUGGUGAGUGAAUAAAUUACUACCAGGCAGUGUCCUUCGUCCCUUGUACAUACAUGCACACAGUCAUCAUAGGUUAUAAAUGUCUUAGAACCCGUCCGCAGGCGGCUGGGAAAAGCUCGAGGCCCAUACAGAGAAGACAAAUCUUUUCAUUUAAUUGCUUAACAUUUAUCCACAGGCACCCUUUCGACAUGGAGUGGUCAUCGAUGGAGUAAUUAAAAUGCUAUCUUUGCAUGGCCC